AUGGUCUCGGUGGUGGUGGUGGAGGCACUCCGUACCCAUGAUAACAUGGUCCCCCAACUCGACCUUCAUAGCAUGGCCCACAACAUAUCCCACUUGGAUAUGCAGAUACCGGUUCAGGCAAAGAAGGUGGAGGUGCUAUUGGUGGCGGGUCAGGGUUUUUUGGUGGGUCAGGUUUGGGACUACUUUAGGCUUCUCCGCGGGCUUUUCAGGAGGGUUGACAGCUAUUACAAUUGGUUUGGGUUUUCGGGUUCUUUAGAUUUCCCGGUAGGUUUCGCAAUAUCUAUAGGUUGCUCAAACGUUUUGGGUGUCUGCUCGGGCUCUUUGGGCUUUUUCAGGUGGUGUGGGCUUUGGUGGCGGUAA